CCUUCCCAUAAUACGGCGAGCGGCCAGCGAACCACACACGACUACAACACACCCUCGAUACUUGAAAGCUGAGGUCAUGUGCCUUGGAAGAUAGGCUUUGCAUGCGAUGCCACACGAGGUGGCUUACAGACAAUAUGGCGGCUCGGCGGCGGCAUCGCGGUGUCUCCUUAGGACUGAGAAGUCUGGAUUAGAGUAAGAUCAGGAUGAAAUCUCCUCAGAUCGAGCUCUGGAAGUACAUAGGGCUGCAAGCAGACAGGGCGAGAUGUCUCGAGGCUGUACAAGCGACGUACGAGGGCUAUCAUGUGAAAGAAUUCGGACACCAGGGCCAUUGCAGCUUCACGCUCAUUCUGUCACCACGACGAAGUGCUACCGUUGGCGUUAUCAAAGAUAAGAGCGAUGCCCUAUCGGAGACUAAUAAUCAGCUCAUCGUCCAGAUUCGAGCAGCACAACACUCCCUUGACCUCGAUACGGCUGCAGCGGCGAGAAGGGCGCACCCAUCGCUUGCCCCUGUGGUUCGAGCAGCCAAAGUAUGCCUACCUGGGUAUCUAAAAGCAUAUGAGAUGAACACGUUGGAAGGCGUCCCAUUCUCUCGCCUCCAGGCUUGUCUCCCGUCGACGAGAGCCGAGCUACGAGAUAAACAGAAGACCCUCAUCAUCAACCUCGCAAAUAUCAUCGCCCAGAGCUGGCCGGUCCGCGAAAGCCGGAGGCGAAGAGACAGCGUUCUGCGACCCGAACCACUUGCUACAGAAGAGCAGACGUUUCUUUCGCAAUGCAGAGGCAAAGUAGGAUCGCGCAUCGUCCAAAAGCUCGAAGAACUAUCCGAGAAACUCCCGGAUCAGUGGCUAAGAGAGAGGGCUAGGGCUACGCUGGAUAAGCUUCGCAAGAUCCUUGAUUACCCGGUCGUUCUCAAUCACGGCGAUCUGAUACCGUCGAACAUCCUGGUGAACGAGGAGACCUGGCAGAUCACGGGGCUUGUCGACUGGGCGGAAGCCGAAUGGCUCCCUUUUGGAACGUGCUUGUAUGGUCUAGAGCAUCUUCUGGGAAGGCUGCAAAGGCCAUCACAAGACUCACAGCCGCCCAACUUCGUCUACUAUGCCAACGCUCCGCAGCUUCGAGAGGCCUUUUGGACCAGCUUGGCCGGCCUCAUACCGGAACUCCGGGGUAGCGAAGAAGGAGUCCGAAUCAUGCGAGAUGCUGGGGUCUUUCUUUGGCACGGAUAUGCGUGGGACGACGGAGCAAUUGAUCGCGUUGUCGAUGAAGUGAACGAUAGCGAAGAGCUGGCGAAGCUACGAGCGUUUCUUAGUGUGUGACAACGAUGUCUAUAGACAUUGCAGUGUGGAUUUCCAAUCAUUACGAACCUCUGCAAUCUUUGUGCUCAUCUCGCAGUCUGCAACUACCAGACGCACCUUCCCAAGGGCAGUGGAUGAGUCGACCAGAAGGGCGAGUUGCGCCUUCCUGAAGCGAUUGCACCUUCCAAAGUCUUCCAGGCAGUAUCGAUGUUUGUGAGGCUUCUGUGUUGACAU